AUCUUGAGAAACUGCCUCCACCCAUGAAGAUGAGUGAACGUGUCAAAAAUCACUUGAGUCGCGCCCAUAUGCAUGCCAAUGUGAACCCUCUGGAAGGAGAUCAACCUCUGAAUGGACCAAACGACCAGGAUGAGGGUGAAUGUGAGGAAGCCCAUUUGAAUCAAACGGAACCGAAGACAGAAGAGAAGCAACCAGACACGAAGCCCAAGGGCAACGACACCCCAGAGGGCGGAUAUUACGAACCAGGGGAUCAGACACCCAUUUGGAAUCCGCCGUCAGCUGCCGCCAGUGAUCAGGCAAAGGGACGGGUAAAACCCGCGAGUGAGAGCUUCGGGGAGUUCAAUAUUGAGACCAGCAAGAGCUUCCUGAACAAGACCCAUCAAAACGUUGAAGAUGCACAGCCACUCUUAGAUCGUAGCAAGCUCCAAGUCAAGGACAUGAACGCGCUCAUAAGCCCAGUGGAAUCUGAUCCAGCCAUGCUAAUAGGCCAAGACUUCAGCUCAAUCCUGAAUAAAGUGAUUCAUACCCUGGCCAAGAGCACAAAGGGACCGGUUGAUGUCGGGCAAACGCCUUCGCCCUCAUCUGAUCCACCCCCACCUCCGUUACCAGCCACUGAUGUUUUACCCGGCCCUUCCCCACCUCUAUCUGAGACCCCCCUCAAUCCCCUGACUGAUUCUAACCUGACAAGAGUUCCUUCGAUAUCAAACCCUCAUGAAGCUGAGGCUGAAGUUGUUAAUCAAUGUACCUCCUACCUUGGUGCGAACCAUUCAGGUAGAGCAGCAGCGGAAGUAGGGCCCUCGGCCUCAUCUCAACUAAAAUAUCACUCAAACUCGUCGGAAGUGAUUGCGCCCCCACCCCCUCCUGGAAAUCCACGACAAGCAAAGGACAUGCGACGCCCAUCCGGGAGUAUUUCUGACGUGGAGAUCAACAGCUUCAUGAACCAAUGGUGCCAUCAACCUCCAGCUCAGCCCACCACCUCUACAGAACUGGUCACACCAAGUGCAUCCACCCACAAGGAACCUGUGCUUUCUUCGGCUUUAGCCAAACUCAGAGCCCGGAAAGCCCAGAAGAAAGCGGCACAAGCUGAGGUUUCUUCAUCCACGGGAGGUCGUAGCAGUCCACUGGGCUCGGACAUUUCGGAAUGCUCUAACGCCUCUGGACAAAACUUUCUGCCAGGCAACCAAUAUAGCCGACAAUAUCCUCCUCCUCCUAUUCCUCCCCUUCCUCCCCUUCCUCCAAGUGCUCAUUAUCAGCAUCAGCACCAGCCACAACAACGUCAGCCCUAUGCACCAUCUUACCACUCGGACGUUGGAAAUGGGUGGGGUGGAGCCCAACCUCCUCUACCCCCCAUCCCACCUCCACCUCUUUCGAUUCCACCCUCUUCGUCUUACCUGCACCCUUUUCCGUCUCACUAUCAGCAACCGCCUCUGCCGCCCUCACAGCAGAUCUUCCGGCCCAGAUAGCCUUAAUCGGCCUGAAGCUGAUUGCAUCAGGCUUGGAGGGCAGAGAGGAAUCAAUCAGGUUCAACAGCAACCUUGGAAAACUCAACUAACAGGGACCUUUUUGCUUGACACCACCACUAAACUAAACACACGAAUUGUCAGUAUUGAGAUAGAAGAAUCAAUUGAAUACGAUGAUCUAAAAUAAAACGCCCUGUCGAUGAGUGUUUCCUUUAGAGAAUUCCCUUGUAAAUUGUUAAUGUUUUUGUUUGCUCUUCUUCAGGUCCGCCUCGUCUAAAAGCAUUCCCAUCAUCAUGAAUGAUUUCGGUGCACCGCGGCACGAACCCGGUCCCCCAGGAGAAGAAGGGGGCCCCUCCUUAGAGGUCAAAGCUCAAAUUCAGUCCACUUUGGACCAAUUCAUGGACAGUCCCUUGGUGGGCUUGGAAUACAUCGUGGAGAUCGUGUGCGCCAAUUCCCCGCCCAAAUAUCACUGCUUCCUCUGCGAUCGCGACUUCCAGGCGUUCAAUCUGAUUUCAGAUGUGUUGAGCGCCGAGCAUCGCUUUGAAUACUUGAAAACCAAUUUCCCUUUGGCAGGCGCGAAAUUUGCUGUGGUACCAAAUAUUCGUGUUUGGGAACAACAAACCUUGAACUUCUUAGAAAGCUGUGCCCUUCGCAUUCAAACCCGAUUUGGCCGCCUCAAGCCCAUUGUGGUCACGGGCGAGCAAUACUUUAUCGACAACAAGCAUAGCAUCUACAAAUCCAUUCAAAAUGGAACCCACUUCAGAGAGGGUGAAGAACUGAAUUUUAUGCACUUGCCCGAUCCCUUCGCCUCGUAUUAUUUUCGCCUGGAUGAAAAGGAGAUCGUCAAGCCCAGUCACAAGUUUAUGACUGGCAAGCCCGAUGAAGGAUUGGAACAUAUCAAGAACCCGGAGCUUCAAACCCUCAUGCAAAGAGAGAUUGCCAGAUUUCGAGAUCAAAAGAAUACUGUGAGCAAGGCCGUGGUGAAGAGUGACAGGUCAAAUAAUCAAGAGGAUGGAAUGUCCAGUAAACAAUCGUUCGGAGGAUUUGCUCCAAAGUCACCUGAACCUUUCCAAGAGCAUGACCGGGAUCGUGAGAGGGAACGUAGAAGACGUAAGGAAUCUGAAGAACGCGGUCGCACACGCCGACCGAGCCGCGAGCGCUCCCGGAGGUCAACUUCUCCAUCUUUGACAUUACGCGAAAAGAGAGAGCGCCUAGUAUCCCGUAGCAGUGAGCUCCUGCGUCGUUCGCCGUCCUCGAUUGGCUCAUCGCGUCCCGAUAAGAGAGAGAGGCGUUCAUCGCGUAGCCGUGAGCGCGAGCGCGAGCGGAAGCGCUCGCGCUCUCUUUCUCCUUUUACGCUAGCCCACAACAAGUGGAGCAAGUUCCACAAGGCUGAACGGGUUAUGUUGAGCUCGCUGAACCGCAAAAAAAGUAUCUAUGACAAACGCCCGGAAGACCAUCCAUUAUAUGGCCAAGAGUGGACGCAAUUCUGGGAGAUGCGUUACCGAGAGGUCCAAGAAGAGGGAGGUAAUCCGGAUGAAUAUGAUUACAAGUCGGAUUGGAUUCCGUUUUGGGGUCGUCGUGUCACCGAGAUAUUUGAGGCUGAGCUUCAAGAAAAGACCAAAGACUUGUUGCAACAAUUCGACUUGAGGAGUGCUGAUGAGCCUCGAAGGUCGGAAUUUGACAAGGAAAGAAAACCCAAAGAUGCCGAGAAAGAACGGCGCGACCGAGACAGACGCCCAAACAACGAUGCUCGACGAGGCGACCGAAAGGAACGUGAUGCUCACUCCCCGAGCGAUCAUUGCCCUAGAUCUCGCACGGAUCGAAGUCCUCUUCACCAGACGUCAAGAAUGGAUGGAGGAGACGCUCGAUCUGCGCAUGGAUGGCAAGACGCACGCUCUUACAACGACUCCUACUCUGGAAUCACGGCCUUGGAGGAGAAAAGGGAUCGGGGAGUGUCUCCUGGCGGCGAGCACCGAUCUCAGCAACGAUCCUUUUUCGACCAUCGAAGUCCGAAGAGCUACGAGGAAUUCGAGGACGCUUAUGACGGUCCGGUUAUGUUGGUACCUUGUCUCCGGCAGUUAACGGCAUUAGAAGACAUCUUGGGCAGUUUGGGCCCACAAGUGAACGUGAUCAUGGCCAAGGCUUUGGCGCUGGAUCAGACUCGAUCUGGUUCAAGCAAUUUGUUGACCCAAAACCCGGACAUUGCUUGCAUUUUGGACAUGGUCAAGGAGAAGCUCUCGGGGCAAAUGGUAGCAGGUUUAUUGGAAGAGAUCAAAUUAGGGGCCGUCCGAGUAGCCAUGUCGCAUUUGGUACGUCUACUUCGGUCCUCAACGAAGAAACGCCCCCUCGAACCGCCUAGUUUGGCAUCGGCAACGCCCAUGAAGGACGAAAAGACCAAGUUUAAAGAGAUGGUGGCCGAGCAAUUGGCCAAGAUCCUCAUCAAGCGAGAUCGUGGAUCCAUCUCCAAUUACGACCUUCACUGUGUCGUGUUCCAGGUUAUUAAAGGAUCAGUUCUGGAUGAUGGAACCAUCGAACCUCCACCGACUGUUCCACCUAGUGAACCAUUAGUGCCCCUCCAUCAUCUACCUCCGUUCCAAACCUAUUCACAGCCCGGACACGGCGAUCAAAGUAUGGUGGUGGACAGAGGCGUCAAAGCUCAAGGAUAUUCUUCGCCUGACAAUGGAGAGAAUGAGGCUUUUGAUGAUUUCGAGGAAUUGAGUGUAGAGGAACUGCGAUCGCUCCUCACCAAUUUUCAAGAUCUUUCCAAGCAGGAGCAACAAGAUCUAAUACAAUACAUGAGGAAGCUGGAGAGAACGAAUCCACAGAAAGUGGCCCUCUUAAAAGCUAAGAAGGAAAACGGGAGUGGAACAGAAGCUAGAGGGGAAUCGUUGUCGCAAGCACACUUCCAAGAUAAAGUAACUGCUUCUGGGAACCAAGCGAACUCUCACUAUAAUGGGCCAAGGGAAUCCGAAGAAUCUGCCUCGGGAAUUUCAACAAGUUCUUGGAAUCGGCAUCUAUCAAGACCUCCUCCAUGUGGUCCACAAGGAAAAUCUUUUGGAGAUGGUCCAACUCAAGGUUCGACAUCGCAAGAUAGUACAUCUCAAGUUAAUAUGGCUCAUGUUGGGACGCCCCAAAGUGGACCAUCUCGUGGUGGGCUCAACAACCAAGGAUCAUCUCAAUUCGGCACAACUGACAACAAACCUCCGACUGACGGACCUCCUCGUGACUUGUACCCUCUUGGUGGACGGCCACAAAGUGGGCCACCCCCUCAUGGUGGACCUCCACCACGUGGUGGGCCUCCUCCGCCUCAAGGUGGGCCUCCGAUCCUUCAUGGUGGGCCUCCUCCGCCUCAUGGUGGACCUCUACCUCCUCAUGGUGGACCUCCUUAUGGUGGACCUCCUCAAAGUGGGUAUCUUCAUGGUGGACCCCCUCACGGCGGAUCCUCAUAUAGCUCUUCCCCCUAUGGUGGGGUAGCGUACAGUGGGCCCCCGUCGAGUGUACUUGCUAAUGGUGAACAUUCUCAUGGACGUCCGCCGUUUCGCCCCAACUCCCAAAAUGCAAACAAUACUUGGCCACUGACCUCGGGUCAGCUUCCACCUCCACCACCACCUCCCCCAGAGGAAGAUUGGCAAGGACCCCCUCAAUCGCAGGCCAAUCAAGGAUGGAAUCAAUUUUCAGGCCCACCUCAACCACAGGGCCCUUGGCCCCGACCACCACAGCCGCCUCCAGGUGAAAACCCCUGGGCCCAAAGACCAGCCAUGCCUCCUGGUCCCAGCCGUCCGCCGGGUCUGCCCAAUAGCUCUGGCAAUAACUGGCCUCAACAACGAAAUGAUCACGGCCCCAACUAUUCGAACCCGCCUUACUUCGAGAACAAUGGGGGACCUCGUGGGUUCAGCCCUCGAUUCCCCCCUCAAGGAGGUCAUUAUAUAAAUGGCAACUCUUCUUCUUCGAUGGGUCCCGGUCCAGGCCCAGGAGGUUAUCCAAACCACGCCCAGGCACCUUUACGUGGGCGAGGGGGAGGUCCGCCUCGAUUUGGUGGGCGUGGAGGCGGCCCACCUCGUUUUGGAUAUUGAAUGUACGUGGUAUGUGCGUGCUGAGCAUUUGUUAGGAAAUAAAAGUAUCAAUUGCAAAGCAA